UCACCGGCAGCAGACCUGUUGCAUUUGCAUGCAGCCGUUUGACUGGUGCGGCAGGGAGCUGCUGAAAGUAGGAGACUUUCCCUCUGCGCUUCCCAGCUGAUUCUCUCCUCGGGAUGAUGCCCUGUGUGUGCAGCCAGACCCCGCGGGAGAGACCAUGAAUAGCUGAGGGCAUCUGCUGUAUCAGCCCUACUUGCUGCGCAUUGAGCAUUGGCCAGUGACCCUCCUUACAGAAUAGAGAUCUGCGGCUGGAAUUGGGGCUCAUUCUCACACAAGAUGGAAUUUGCUUCAGCCCAGUACAGGAAGACCAGAAUGCCUAGCAUGUUGGCACUGUGGGCAAUCAUAUCAGUAGCAAUAAAGUUCCCUGGUAGCCUGGCAUCAGUGGACCAGACUCAAGGGGCAUACUUCCUCCCUGAAUUUGCUCUGUCUCCACAAGGGAGUUUCCUUGAAGAUACAACCGGGGAACAAUUUCUGACUUACCGUUAUGAUGAUCAAACGUCAAGAAUCACCCGUUCUGAUGAUGAUAAAGAUAAUGGCUGGGAUGCCUGGGGCACAUGGAGCGACUGUUCUCGUACCUGUGGAGGAGGAGCAUCCUAUUCUUUGCGCCGAUGUCUGAAUGGCAGGAGCUGCGAAGGUCGGAAUAUACGAUACAAAACAUGCAGCAAUAAUGAUUGCCCAUCUGAUGUUGGAGAUUUUAGAGCACAGCAGUGUUCGGCACAUAACGAUGUUAAAUACCAGGGACAAUAUUACGAGUGGCAGCCAGUCUACAAUGAUGCCACUGCCCCCUGUGCGCUCAAAUGUCAAGCCAUGGGGAAGAACUUUGUGGUGGAACUUGCUCCCAAAGUACUUGAUGGUACUCGCUGCAAUACAGAUUCCCCAGAUAUGUGCAUCAGUGGUCUUUGCCAAGCUGUGGGCUGUGAUCGACAACUUGGGAGCAACGCCAAGGAAGACAAUUGUGGAGUUUGUGCAGGAGAUGGCUCCACGUGCAGGCUGGUUAGGGGACAAACUAGGCCUCAUGUCUCCCUCGAAAAGAGAGAAGAAACUGUAAUUGCUGUACCGCAUGGAAGCCGCAGCGUGAGAAUAACAGUGAAGGGCCCAGCCCAUGUCUUUAUUGAAUCAAAAACCUUGCAGGGUGAAAGUGGGGAGCAUAGCUUCACCAGCCCUGGCCCUUAUGUGAUCGAAAACACGACAGUUGAAUUUCAAAGGGGCUCUGAGAGGGAAAUACUAAAAAUACCUGGUCCACUCCGGGCAGAUUUCAUCAUUAAGAUCAGGUAUGCAGCACCUAAAGACAGCAUUGUGCAGUUCUAUUUCUACCAACCAAUUAGUCACCAGUGGAGACAGACAGACUUCUUUCCAUGCACAGUAACAUGUGGAGGAGGGUAUCAACUAAAUUCUGCUGAAUGUGUGGACAUUCGAUUAAAUCGCAGUGUUAGUGACCAUUACUGUCAUUAUUAUCCUGAAAACAAGAAGCCAAAACCCAAACUGAAGGAAUGUAACAUGGAGCCUUGUCCUUCCAGUGAUGGGUUUAAGGAGAUAAUGCCAUAUGACCAUUUCCAGCCUCUCCCACGGUGGGAACAUAAUCCUUGGACAGCAUGUUCAGUGUCUUGUGGAGGCGGCAUUCAACGAAGAAGUAUUGUUUGUGUAGAGGAGACCAUGCAUGGAGAAAUAAUGCAAGUGGACGAAUGGAAAUGCAUGUAUGCCCCUAAGCCUACCAUUAUGCAGACUUGCAACCUCUUUGACUGUCCAAAAUGGAUGGCAAUGGAGUGGUCACAGUGCACUGUGACAUGUGGCAGAGGAUUGCGUUACAGAGUGGUAUUGUGCAAUGAUCAUCGUGGACAACAUACAGGAGGAUGCAAUCCCCAACUAAAACCACACAUAAAGGAAGAAUGCGUUGUCCCAGUGCCAUGCUUUAAACCUAGAGAAAGGUUCCCAGUGGAAGCCAAGCAUCCAUGGCUCAAACAAGCUCAGGAGCUGGAAGAGACUAAGACAGCAUCUGAUGAACCAACGUUUAUCCCAGAGGCCUGGUCUCCCUGCAGUGUCACCUGUGGCAGAGGGAUGCAGAGGAGGGAAGUCAAAUGUCGGAUACUGCUAUCAUUUACGCAAACUGAACUGGAAUUGCCUGACGAAGAAUGUGAUGAGGAAAAACCUGAUACAGAAAGGGCCUGCUAUCUUCUGCCUUGUGAAGGAGAUCCUGGGAUUCAGACAUCAGAACUUCCUUCACACGAUAUAGAAUCUCCUCAGAUGUAUGACUGGGAAUAUAUUGGUUUUACUUUGUGUUCCAGUUCAUGCUCAGGAGGAAGACAAGAAGCAAUUGCAGUUUGCCUUAAUAUGCAGACAAAGCAAUCUGUGAACAACUCUCUAUGUGACAGUUCAAUGCGUCCACCAGCAAUGACUAGAGCCUGCAACACUAAGCUUUGCCCACCAAGGUGGAAUACGGGUUCCUGGAGUCAGUGCUCAGCAACAUGUGGUGUGGGAAUACAAACAAGAGAUGUCUAUUGUUCUAGAGUUUCAGAGUCUGGUAAUUCAGAACAAGAGUGUGAUGCUGAAAAGCCUUCUGCAAUACAGCCCUGCAACCAGAUUGACUGCCCUCCAGCCUGGCACACAGAGGACUGGCAACAGUGUUCACGGACAUGUGGAGGAGGUGUCCAAAUUCGUAGAGUGACUUGUAAACAGUUGUUGGCAGAUGGGAGCUUUCUGAAGCUUGUGGAUGAACUAUGCCAGAUGCAGAAGCCAGGAAGUCACAAGCCAUGUGGGAAAGCAGACUGUCCCCCGCAGUUAACUACAGGAGAGUGGUCCAAGUGCUCUGCAAAAUGCAGUGUUGGGAUCCAGAGAAGGAAGAUGAUAUGCCUGAAGAUAACAGCCAAGGGCCACCUAAUCCCUAUCAAUGAUUCACAUUGCCAUGGACUCCCUGCCCCAGCACUUGUUAGGUCAUGCCAUAUGGGUGCGUGCCAGACUAAACAACAUAGCCAAAACAGAGAAACCAGCACUGAAACCCCAGAAAUCCUCAGCAUCCACCGUGUCUACAUUCAAACUAGACAAGAAAAACGCAUUAAUUUUACUAUUGGAAGUAGAGCAUAUUUACUUCCAAAAACUUCAGUUGUCAUUAAAUGCCCAGUGCGGGGUUUCCAAAAAUCUCUGAUAAAAUGGGAAAAAGAUGACCAGCCACUGAAAUAUUCCAAAAAACUUGGUGUUACAAAGUCUGGAUCACUGAAAAUACAUAACCUAGAGGCACAGGAUAUUGGCAUAUAUAAGUGUAUAGCAAACUCAGCGCAUGAAACCUUUGUUCUCAAACUUAUUGGCAGAGAUAAUAGACUUCUAGAAGCUCCAAGUUUUGAAAAAGAUCAUAAUGAAGCCAAUAAUUUAGGAGCAAAAUGGCACAAAAUGAGCAAAAUAUGGAAGUCAUGGAACAAGAAAAAUAAUUUGUACCUGGAAGACAGCCAGACACAAGAUGAACUAGUCCUACGAAAUCUUGAAACCCUGGUAAGUAACUCAGCUGAGAUGUAUGGCUCUCAAGACUUUAAGGAAAAGAGAUUGGAAGCAGCAGUUCUACAAGGUGCUUAUAGUAUGGAUACAGCUCAGUUUGAAGCUCUAGUCAAGAAUAUGAGUGAGCUUAUUGAAGCUGGGGAAAUAAGUGAUGAAUUUGCCUCACAGAUUAUCUCACAGGUAGUGAAUGAACUUUCCAAACCUCAGUCCACAACUGAAAAAUGGAAGCAACCAACUGAAAACAACAAAUCAGACACCAAGUAUAUUAACAAAGACCCAUAUGCAUCUGUGCAUUUCAACAUUAAAGACGCAGAAUUGGACAACGGCAAGCAAUGGCCACACAUUAUUCGCAAGCAAAAAACUGGCCAAGUAAUGUCCACUAACAGAACAUUGCAUUUAAUUAUUGGAAAUUCUGCCUUUUUUACUAAUGUUACACAGUUUAUCACUAUACAGUGUGAAGUGGCUGGGGAUAGUGUUACAAAAAUUACAUGGACCAAAGAUGGAGAGCCAUUGACAUCAUCUGAAAAGAUUACAGAGGAAAACAAUAGGAUAUUACAAAUCCGCAAUCCAAGUGAUAUAGAUGUUGGCUUAUAUGAAUGUAAAGCAAUAAAUGACUAUGGCUCUGAUAAGGAAUCUUCAAGACUGAGUUUUGCAGAAAGACCUGUCAUUCAAUCGUCUGAAAGGAAUAUCACAUACCUGGAAGAUGGCAGCAUAAUAGCACUUGUGGGUGGUACUGUGAUGGCAAGGAGGGGAAUAAACGUAAUGAUGCAGUGCCCUGUUAAAGGUUUCCCUCAUCCCAAAUUAACUUGGUUAAAGAAGGAAUAUGCUCUGGCGAACAAUUCUUUUCUACUCUCCAACGGUUCUCUACUGCUCACCAAUGUAUCCGAUGGAAAUGAGGGAACGUACUUCUGCAUAGCAACCAAUGCCCUUGGAAAAACGGUAGCAAUGUCUGUACUCCGCUUAUCUGGUCACAGAAUGCAGGACUCGCAUGAUGAACAGUCCAAGGGGAAAGGCAGGCGGAGAAUUAUAAUGGCUUCUGCCAGUGGCACUCAUAUUGUGGGUAAAGCAGGAGACCUCUUGCGUAUAGGUUGCCCAGUACAAACCAGCCACCGGAAUACAAUACACUGGUUUUCGGGAAUGAAGCCCAUUGAAGGAAUCGAAGGGUUCCAAUACAGAGUUCUGGUCUCGGGUCGUGUUCUGGAAAUAUAUCCCUUAUCUGAGCAGUCGGCUGGAGAGUACAGAUGCUGGACUUCAAAUAAUUCAAAGACGAUGUCGGCUUGGGUGAAUGUCACACUGCAAAGUUACCACUUAGAAUAUGGGGAAUGGACUCAAUGCUCAUCUCCAUGUGGAAACAACGGCACCCAGAGCAGCACACAACAUUGUGUUAAUGCCAAGGGGCACAGAGUGAAUGACACAUUGUGUGAACAUCUUCAUCCUUUAGUGAUUAAGUCACAGACAUGCAAUAGAAAAGAUUGCCCAGCAAGAUGGUUUACAGGUGCUUGGUCUGACUGCAGCACCGUAUGUGGCACUGGAAUCCAGCAACGACAAGUGACUUGCCAACAGAAAAAAUCCGAUGGAAACAUAAAAGUUCUGUCUCCCAGUUCCUGUCAAUAUGCUGACCCUCCAGCGACACAGAAGCCAUGUUCUUCUGAUGCCUGUGUAGACUGGCUUGCUCAGCCUUGGGGACAGUGUUUGAAUCAGUGCAUUGGACAAGGAAUGGGGUUGCAGCAUCGCCAAGUGUUGUGCCAGCACCAUAAUGGCACAUCAGUGUCAGAAGCUUCAUGUGACAGGAAAAAAAGGCUAGCAGCCAGAAAAACAUGUUCAUCUGAAAUGUGUGAUGUGUACUGGAGGACAGGCCCAUGGAGACCCUGCACUGCUGCGUGCGGAAAUGGGUUCCAGUCCCGGAAGGUAGACUGUGUGCACAAGAAGAACAGCAAAGUGGUGGCUGACCAGUACUGUGUGUGGAAACGGAGGCCAACAACUUGGCAGCACUGCAAGGCCACAGCCUGUGGAAAGGGAGAAUGCAAGGACACAACUCACUACUGUACAUUUGUAAAACAUCUUAAGUUAUGCCACAUAGAUCUCUACAAACAAAGGUGUUGUGAAUCGUGUACUGGAGCAUAACUCUUCUUCUGAAAAAAACAAACCCAAACCGAAGCGACAUGAAGAAAUCCUACCAAUUUGUAUAAAGUCUGUACAUAGGAAAGUGUUUGGCCCCCUUUGGCGCCAAAGAGAUCCAGAUCUGCAGUAUCUAUAACGUAGUUCAUCCUUUGGUACCUAUUCACUGGGGAUCUCCUGAACACUAACAAUGGAAGCACAUUGUAUGAAGUCUUUUUUGUAACUAACCCACUUAAUAUGAAAUAGGUGUGACAUUAGUGUAUGUGACUGACCGCCACAAAGUGCCUGGGUUAAGGGCUCUGUGGUGUAGUGUAGAAGAGACUAGUUCUCUAUGGACGUUGCUACACUUCGGGUUGGUUUAGGAUGUUAUAAAGGAAACAGCUGGAGAGGCUAAUUCAGAGAAUAACCCUGACAUGCAGAACUUUCAUUGGUAGAAACUGGGAAUAUUCAUUGCUGUCUGAUCAUCUGUCCUGUGCAUUGGCAGGACCCAAAAAUUAUUUUUUCUGGAUGUUGUUUCAAACAUUCUAUGAAGUAUUUUCAGUAAGCGUGGUUUUAAGAUUUUGGGGGCUAUGGUUAUUUCUCUAGUCAAAAGUAUCAAUUUUUUGCAAGGGAAACCUCUUACAUAUCUACUUUCAGCUUCCUCCAGUUCUAAAGAGACAUGGCGGCACUUACCAUUCUGCAUUGUUAAUUAUGAGCAUCACAUUUCAUCAGGACUGUGCUAAUAUUGGUCUGAGCCAGUGGUGAUGGAUUAUGUGGAUACCCAGGCUGACUGGACCACCUUACUUGAUCAGAUAAAAGUCUCCCCAAAGUAUGUCAUGUGAGGAGGCCUAAGAAGCACUGGAGGAAGUAGGAAGUACAUUGUCCAUGCUCUUCACUUGUCCUGUAGUAAUAGUGCAGCAUAUAACCGCAAUAUAACCACAGAUCUCAAUGUAUAAAGAAUCACCACCUAAAUCAAACCCCGAUGUAUUAGGGUUAGUAAGUGUUGCACUCGCUUUGUCUAGUUGAAAUGAUGGAAUCCAAAAUUCACUGGUGAAACUUGGGAUUUGGAGCGAUGACAUUUCAGCUGAGUAGAAUCACUGGUGGAGAAGUGAAAUUCUGGCAGAAACGGAAAGAAUCGGGAAAUGGCAGAACGUUCACUGAAUAGAAUCACUGGUGAAAUAGUAGAAUUUCUGAUGAAUAGAAAACACAAAUAGACGAAUGCAAUUAAAAGACGCAACAUCAAAAGUUACUUUGAUGGAGAGAAGCUUACUUUUAUUAUGAAUAAUCUGUAGAAAGAAAUAUAUACUUAUAGAGUUGAGUCAUGUAACAGAUGGGGGGAUUAAUGUUCUACUUACUCCAGUUCUGCAUAACCAGCCUGGCCUUUCUAUGCAAACACUUUGGAUCCCAACAGGCAGGGCAGGGCUUGCAUACAAGCCAAUAUGUUUAAUGAGUGAACUUUGUAUCUGUGCAGUAUUUGAAGAAAUUGGUGAGUUCAACAAACGUUGCAGGGGGAAAUGUGUUGCAUUAUAUGACAGCUGCAGCUACGGUUUCCAACCGGCCGUUAUUUUACCAGCCUAGCCUGCCAAGGCCGGAGCCGGUAUUACAAAUUUACCAGCAAUGUAGCUGCCGGUAAAUUUGUAAUACCUUAAAAAGACCCCACGGCCCGCCCCCAAUCCCCUGGAAAUGUAACUUUUGUUCUCCGUCUUGAAAUCUCUAUGCCACGGCCCGUCCCCUUUUAUGUCAUGGCCGGCCCCUUUUUGUUCCUGCCCCCCACCAGCUGGUAAAAAAUUUAGGAAAAGGUGGAAACCCUAGCUGCAGCCCAAUGCCUUACAAAUGACAUCCAUGCAUACUAGCAAACAAGGCAACAUUUUUACAUCUGUGAGUACCUGUUUCAUUGGGAAUUUUAGGUGAUUGGAGGUAAUAAGGGCAUGAAGGACUCAUCUAAGCCAGUGCAAUUUUAGAGACAGCCUUAAAAGCACCUUUUCCUCUCAUUGGCUCCUGAACCAAGUCUAAAUUGGGGAAAGUAGGAAAGCACCCACAAUUUAAUUUCAAAAUGGCUCUUAGCCUUUUAUUAAAAGCCCUGAAGCAAGGCGUACCAGCACAGGGAUAGGUCUCUGGGAAGCUUCACUAUUAAGAAGCCUCCCAUCAAUGGCUUAUAGACUGGGAAUUAGGCUUACUUGAUUAGCCGGGCCCCCCAUCUUUCUGAGAGCUGCUGACUUCGGGAAGGCAUGGACGUUUAAGGGGCCCU